GUAGGUGGAAACAAAUCACCAUUUAACUAUUUGAGUUUGGGAAGAGACUCAUGCUGUAUCCUCUCUGUGCGUUACAAACCUCGCUUUUAGUCAUUUUUACAGUCUAAGUACAGUUUUCUAGUAACUGAUUAAAGUAAUUCGUCGGUCCUCGUCGCGUACGCAGCACGAAAUGACGCCGACGGUGUUUUCCUUCCAGUCGCAGCUCGUGUCCAUCAUGGACGCGUUGUCGAAAACGGCGGUGCUGGAGAUAAGCAAACUGGUCGAGAUCGAGUCGAAGAUGUUGAAAAUAGAGAUAACUCGGGGGCGAAACGAAAUCGCGUCGCUGAAAGAGAAAUUAGAGCUGAUGGAGAAAUUACUUUAUAUGGCGCAAAGGCGCGGGCAGGAGGCGGCAGGACGCAGGGACGGUCCACCGAGCAGCUGUGGUGGACUUCUGCAGCACGACGCGACCAGACUCACCUUUAAAAUAGAAAGUGGAUGGGAAAAUUCAGCCACAGACACCAGCAGUUCGCAACAGAAUGAAGUUCAUGCGCUGGAUGAACUCCAAAAUCAACCUAAAGAGCAGCCUGAAAUUACAGUAAUAAAGGAAGAACCAUCAGAGGAGGACAUUGGCGUGAACGGCACCAGAGGAGACAGAACAAGUGAAAACAGGAGCGAAAUGCGCGUUACAGAUAGCCAGAAGACUUCCCCGAUUGUGAUCCACAGCCCAAACCCUGCCCCAGAACAGCAACAGACUGUGUUCACCGGUGGUUUUGUGACCCUCAGCAAACCCUCGUCCAUCGCCGGAUCAGGGAGGAGGGAACCACACUGGAGUCCACAGCUUUCACAUGCACACACAAAUCCGGAGGCAGGGAAAAUCACGAGUCAGAAUGCUGCCUCCCAAAGCGUGCCUCGGAAUGUAAAGAUUCACAACUUGAGGAGCUCAGCUGCUAAGAGGUUUGGUUGCUUGCAGUGCGGCAAGAGCUUCAGAUGCUUCAGCCAGCUUGAGAUCCACCAGAGGAGUCACACAGGGGAAAAGCCAUUCAGAUGCACGCUGUGUGGGAAACGAUACGCACAAAAAGGCCACCUGUACACGCACCAGCGCACACACACUGGGGAGAAACCGUACCGCUGCCCUGUUUGUGGGAAGGGCUUUAUUCAGAAAUGCACACUUGAUAUGCAUCAGCGUACACACACUGGAGAGAAACCAUUUGUUUGCACCAAAUGUGGCAAAGGGUUUACAAAGAACUGUAAUCUGAAAAAACACCUUGCAGUACACAUGGAGUCUAGUUUGCACAUGUUUGGCAAUGAACCAACUGUACCUACAUUUAUUGGGACAUUCAUCAAUGGGGCCACAUCAAACAUGGUAUCCAGUCAACUAUAAUGUGUUCAGCUGAAAUAUUUUGUGAUUAAUAAAGUUAUCUUUAUUCCAGAU